AUGUGGAUGAUGGGAUACAACGAUGGAGGAGAAUUUCAUAGCAUUCCGGAUUCAUUUAACGGCUGGAAAUUUCGGCCCCUCGCGCCAAGACCUGCUGCAACUUCCACCACCACUAUCACAAACCCUCAAUGCUUCAGCCGUAUGAAUGGCACUGAUCUGCUCUCUCUAAAUCAUCAUAUUUCGGGUGUGAUUGAGAAAAAUAAGAGAGAGUUCAAUAUGCAGCAGGUUGUAGCGAGCUCACGCUGGAAUCCUACACCAGAGCAGCUACAAACCCUCGAAGAACUGUAUCGACGGGGCACUCGAACUCCUUCGGCCGAGCAAAUUCAGCUCAUUACUGCACAACUUCGACGAUAUGGCAAGAUUGAAGGGAAGAAUGUAUUCUACUGGUUUCAGAAUCAUAAAGCUAGAGAGAGGCAGAAACGCCGCCGCCAGUUGGAAUCUGUUUCUGAUAAUGAGCCACCCCGGAAUAACAUGGAGAAUGGUGACAAGAAAGAAUCUACAGAUGCAAACAGGACAGGAUAUGAAGGUGAACAGAUCAAAAAUUGGAAAUCUCUUACAUACAGUAGUGCAAUUGCAGAGAAAACCCUUUCAUCAACACAAAGGGCAGCAAAAGCAGCAGAAGCAGAAUGUAAAUCAGAUGGAUGGGUACAGUUCGAUGAGGCUGCUGAAUUACAACAAAGGAGGAUCCUGGUAGAAAGGAAUGCCACGUGGCAAUUGAUGCACUUGUCCUGUUCAUCAUCUCCUACCAACCUAAUGAACCCUAUUACUUGUCCAUUAACAGUAACAGAAAUUGAUCCAAAGGUUAUGAAAUCUCAAGAUUCUGAUCUAUUUAUCGGAACCCGAGGCCAGGAAUUCCAGACCCUUCAAUUGUUUCCUCUUCAAAGCGGCCAUGGCUAUGGCGAUAGCAAUGAAUGUGUAGCGGAGAAUGAGACCGAGAUAUCGGCUGCAGCCAUGAAUUCUGAUUUCGCUUCUUACCAGUUUUUUGAGUUCCUUCCGUUGAAGAAUUAA